CCAGUUGAACCCUGCACUGUCAGGUGCAGUCUGGAUGAAGAACUGAAUGCUCCGUGUCUUUACUGCUGCUGCUUCCAUCCUGUAUUCUACAGCAGGCUAAUGGGAGGCCGUCCUGCCCUGUUUACAUCUCCUUGGUGGACACCACAAGUGAACCAGGAUCAGUGACUCGCACGGAGCUCAGAUGAGACCGAGACCUGGUGAAACAUCAACAAGCUGCUGCUGCUCCACACCGACCUGAGGACGUGGACGAAAACCGCUGUAUUUUCUUUUCAUUGAAGAUACUCUGACGUCAUAGCAGACUAUCCAUGGUUUGUGUGUUGGCUCUACUCCUCUUCCCCGUCCUCCUGACUGAAUCCUUCUCUGCAGCAGGGGAGGAUCCAGUCUCUCCAUGCCCACCUCAAUGGCUCCUGUUCGGGCAGAGAUGCUUCGCCUUCUUCCCUGUGUGGAGCUCCUGGAGCAGUGCUAACUCUUUAUGCUCUCAGACAGGUGGUCACCUUGUGUCGCUUCACACACCAGAGGAGAAGCAGUUUCUACUCAAGUUAGCGAACACGAGCACUCAUGUCUGGUUGGGCGGAUUUAGUGUACAACAGGAUAACUCGUGGUUCUGGAGCGAAGGCGCCCCCUUCAGGAUCAGCGGCUGGACCAAUCAGAUGACAGGGAAGAUGACGGAGGGCGGAGUUUGCCUGGAAAUGGAUCCAAAAAGUGGAGACCUGCACAGCGCCCCCUGUGGAGAACUCAGAUUCUACAUCUGCUCCACCCAAGUCAGUUCUGUCGACUCGCCCAUCAGACCGAAGCAGGUCAAGUCAGGCAUCGUCCCCGGUGUCAGUUUGUUUGACGUCAUGUUGAGUCGCAGCGGCGUGUUGCCGGAGGAGAUUCUCCGCUCGUCCUCCUUUCUUGCUAAGCUGCAGUCCGGUCACAUGCCGGACCGCUGCUACUCCAACUACAUCCAGCAGGAGGCGCUCUACAUGCACCGAGUCAGCAGCACUUUGGAGGUACUGAUCGGGGGUCACCAGGAAUCAAAUGACAUGAACUCACUGCUGCGAGACACAUUCAAACAAUACAGCUGCAGGAACCAGAGCCUCCCUCCUCCACUCCCCCCACAGUGGCUCCAGUUCUCCCUCCAGUCGUUCCACUCGCUGGUUCUGGAGGAGCCGGUCUAUUGGCUGGUGGCUCUGUCCGCCCGGGCCUGGCUCCGUAGCUUCCUGGCUGAGGAGUUGCUACUCCAGAUCAAGCCUGGUCACCAGCUGAUGCCUGAGGUCAACUCCUCCUAUCGGAAGUGGAUGAGGGACAGUCUGAAGGACGUCAUCUGGACCAACAGGUUCAAAGUGAUGAUAGAAGAGAACCAGGACAAGAUGGACGUGUUCAAAGUGAUCAACAUCUUCAGAGAGCACAUGAUGAACCAGAAGAUCUUCUACAGAGCUGUAGACUGUGACGUUGACAAUGAAGGCUGAUGAAGAGGAGCAGGUCGGAGCAGCUGCUGAAGAUGACUCACAACUAGUUUUUCCCGGUUGAGCUGCUGGUGAACGUUUCCUGAUUCGCUGCUUUUACUUCUUAUUUUUUUGUAAUUUAUUCUCUUUUUAAUUUAUUAAGAUAUAGAAAUUGGGCAUCGUCCAAAGAUUUAAAUGACACUUGGUUCUAGGGCUUAAAAUUCCUUUUUAAUCCGUCUUGUCUGUUUGAUACAUUUGCGAGAAAAUAUUUGAAAACUUUAUUCAAACUUUAUUAAGGAACUGGGGUUAAUAUUAUCUAAGUUUGCACUACCUUUACUUCAGUAGUUUUAUGAUUUCCAGAGUUUUCUGUUUUUAAGAUCCAGACAGAAGCUGAAGCUGUAAAAGACCAGGCUUCCUGAAACCACGUAGUUUAUUACAGAACGAGCGACACGAUGAUGUGUUACUGCUGAACACUGACUGUGAACAAUAAAACAAUGACAACAAAAUAAAACACACGUGAAAGCGA